CUAGACUUGAUAACAUUUUGUGCAACACUGAGAGGGAGGGGGCAGCUUGCAAAUUGCAUGAUUCAAUAACCAAAGGAGAGCGACGUUAAAAAAUGAGUGAGCCGAACGAGAUUAGAUCGGCACCAUUAACGCCGAGACCACGAUCAGCUGCCCCAACACCUCCGGUUGUGUUAACUCCGCCUGUGUCAUGUCCACCCUCUCAGUUCCACUCACCAUCUUUGUCAAGGUCGCCGCUGCUUCAUGGGAAGCAAGCAGGUGCAGCAGGAGUCCCUCGAAACAAGACACCCAAAACCCCAAGAACCCCAUUAAGACUCUCUCUAACUCCAAGGUUCAUUACUCCUCUUGGAAGCCCAAUGAGGAAGGCUCUCAGGAUGACCAAGCUUGAUCCCCAGGACGCUUGGCUUCCCAUCACCGAGUCCAGAAAUGGUAACCAAUACUAUGCUGCGUUUCACACUCUCUGUUCUGGGAUUGGAGUUCAGGCUCUUGUGCUUCCUGUGGCUUUCAAGAUCCUUGGCUGGACAUGGGGGAUAAUUGGUUUGACCCUAGCAUUCAUCUGGCAGCUUUACACCCUAUGGGUACUCGUGCAGCUCCACGAAUCAACUGAAACUGGGAUGCGCUACAGCCGAUACCAACAACUCUCCUGUGCUACCUUUGGUGAAAAGCUUGGAACGUGGCUGGCUAUGUUCCCAAUCAUGUAUCUCUCGGGUGGUACUUGUAUGGCUCUGAUCAUUAUUGGUGGAUCAACCACUAAACAAUUCUACCAGAUUGUAUGCGGGCCCACAUGCUCCCAGCCGCUAACCACCGUGGAAUGGUACUUGGUGUUUACCUGCGCAGCAGUGUUACUAUCACAGCUGCCAAACUUGAAUUCAAUAGCCGGUGUGUCAUUGAUCGGAGCCGUCACGGCGGUUGCGUAUUGCACUUUGAUAUGGGUAGUGUCAGUGGCAGAGGGCAGGCUUUCGGGGGUGUCCUAUGAUCCCGUGAGGGGAAACACCGAGAUUAAACAUUCUUUUGGUGUGCUUAAUGCACUUGGGAUCAUUGCUUUUGCUUUUAGGGGCCACAAUCUUAUUCUUGAGAUUCAGGCCACUAUGCCAUCAGAUGAGAAGCAUCCCUCGAGCGUACCAAUGUGGAAAGGAGUCAGGGUUUCCUAUACAAUCAUAGCUGCAUGCCUGUUUCCUCUUGCAGUUGGUGGCUAUUGGGCUUAUGGGCAGCUGAUCCCAGAAAGUGGAGUGCUUUCAGCACUCUAUGCAUUCCAUUCACGAGAUGUGUCACGGGCGGUGCUAGGACUGACUAGCUUGUUUGUCAUAGUUAAUGCAGUAAGCUCAUUCCAAAUCUAUGCCAUGCCAAUGUUUGAUUACAUGGAGUCCAAUUACACUAUCAGAAAGAAGGAGCCGUGUCCAUGGUGGCUACGUGCAGUUUUCCGGGCUAUGUUCGGGUAUGGUUGCUUCUUCCUGGCGGUGGCAGUUCCCUUUUUGGGAAGCCUAGCUGGUUUGAUUGGAGGACUAGCACUGCCGGUAACACUGGCGUACCCAUGCUUCAUGUGGCUCAAGAUUAAGAAGCCUAAGAUGUAUAGCGGAAUGUGGUGGCUCAAUUGGGUACUAGGGGUCUUGGGGAUGGCUCUAAGUGGUACAUUGGUUGCUGCUGGGGUUUAUGUUGUCAUUGACACUGGUAUUGAAGCCAGUUUCUUCAAGCCUCAGUAAUCGGUUACAGAAUCCAAUCAAGUUGAAGCCAACCAGAGCUACUUUUUUUUUUUUAAUAUAUAUAUAUAUAUACGCAGUUGAUUUAUACGUAGUGGUAGUUUGCUGUUGUGCUGCAUACCUCCAAGGGAAAGGCGACACAACCUCAUUUAUUUUCUUUAUGUUUCUCCCUUUUUGUGUGGUAAGAUGACAAAGAAGUCUAAAGGUGCAGGUAAAAUAUCAUAUUGAUUAUUAUUUCAAUUAAA